UUCGAGACGGCCUGUCGUUACGAGACCAGCAAUCCCGCGCCUCUCACCCGUAAUUAUUAAAAUGUCGUCAGGGUUCGUUAGUGGUGGAAGCAUCGACAAUCCUAUCGAAAGGGACGAUGAGUGGCGACGAGCCCAGCAAGAGCUCGAAGACAAGCGACGAGAGAAAGCGGAGCUGAGCAGGCAACACGAAGGAAAAAGUCUCUUCGAGAUCCUCCAGUCAAACAAAGACGCGAAACAGGCAGCAUUCGAAGAGGCAGCACGAUACAAGCUUGCAGAAGCGCUCGACGAUGACGCAGCCGCAUACCUUGACGAGGUGUUGGAGAAGAAACGGCAGCAGGAAGCCUUGAUAAGAAAGGAUACUCUCGAGGGACUGGACGCGUUCCGCAGACAGCAGGAAGAUGCCGAGAGGAAAGCCCUGGAAGACGAGAGUAUCGAUGCACCAAAGGACGAUGUAGCACAGUGGGCAGCGGUUGGGAGGAAGAGGAAGAAGGGCCCCGAGGCUGGUCUUUUGAAAGGAAUCAAGCUACGAAAAUCAAGCUCGGCGGCCGAAGAGAAGAAGACGGUUGAUAAAAUGCUGCAAAAAGAGCAGACAUCGGCGGCCACAACAAGCAAAGGUGACAUGAAGAACUCUACGAUAAGCUCAGCUGUGUCGAGCAAACCUUUGGCCGCACCUCCGGCUAAGCCAUCGAACAUCUCCCUGGGUCUGGGUUAUGCGUCCUCUGAUGAUGAGGAUUGA